GACACAAUAAGUCAAUUAGGCAAAUCCAUAGAUUCCUUUAUUUUAGACCGAUUUUAUUAAUGUAGUCAAUAGCUUUCAGAGAAUGAGCGGAGAUUUGGAGAGUAUAGACUAUGCUUUGCAGUAUCAGCUCAUGAAGUCUAUGAUGAGACCAUUUGGUGACUCGAAUGACAUCAAGAACUUGGCACUAGAAGAGCGUUGCAUAGAUUUAACCACUUCAUGCGUUUUGAACGCUACAACCGAGUUUGGGAAUCUACAGAAUGUGAUCAUUUCCCGCAAAGGAGAUGAUGCUCUAGUUUCUGACGUGGACCAACAGCUCAUCCUCAAAUUCUUUUUCAAAGAACCAGUUUCUAUCAAACAUAUAACCUUUAGAGCCGAUAAUAAGCCGUCCAUAUCCGACGUUAGCGCUCCAAGGAUCAUUAAGAUGUAUGCCAAUCGCCCAGAAUUCGAUUUUUCUGAAGCUGACAGUGUAGAGCCUGACCAAGUCAUUGAGUUAAAGCCACAAGAAGAGGCCUCCGUUGACAAGGUCAACCUAAGGGGGACAAAGUUUGCGCACGUGAAGAGUAUGCAGGUGUUUGUCGUGGAGAACAUGGAUGACAGUCUGCAAACGUUUAUCAAUGAGAUUGGAAUUUGGGGAAACGUCCAUCCAAACUAUAGGUCGGAUCACUUGUACUAGCUAGGGUAGCAACACGGCACCUGUCAUAAUUUUGUACUAUAC